UCACCACAUGAUGCGUCGGAAUCGAAAACAUCUAACUGUGUUAGUGCUGGCUGGAUUACUGUCCCUGGUCUGGUUAUUUCAGUUAACAAAUAAAAGCCGAUUUUUGCAAAAGGCCUUUGUUACAGAAAUACGAGAGUACGCGAUCACCAAGCCUAUUUGUCUGCCAAACAAGACCCUGUCAACUACAGAAGACCUGCUGUGUAUGGAAAUGCCAUCGUUCCUGCCCGACUACAAGAACCCAUGUUGGAGGAAUGGUGAUGGACGGCUUCGGUGCCUCCCUUACUUUAUGCAAAUAGGUAUGAGUAAGAGCGGUUCUACUGAUCUAUUUGACCGGAUCACCCAACACCCGGAUAUUUUAGGGAACCAAGGAGUAGUGGGAAAGGAAACGAGGUGGUGGAGCUGGAUACGCUACGGAACGACUCUUAUCAGGAAAGCAAAAAAGAAAACUUUUGAGGAUUAUCUAAAUCUCUUUAACAAGCCUGCUUUGGUGAUUGAUUCUCCAACUAAAACAGACGAAAACGGUUUUCAUUUCGCCAUAACGGGGGAUGGGUCACCUAUGGACGCUUGGGAUUUCCGAGGAUGGACACAGAUCCCACAAAACAAGGGUCUUAAGGAACCACAGGUUUUAACCCCUGACCUUGUCAGGCACGUCAAUAAAAACACGAAGUUCAUCAUGAUCAUGAGAAAUCCUGUGGAAAGGCUGUACUCGGAUUACUACUUCAUGCGGUUGGCCGGCGAUUCUUCACUUCAUUUCCAUAAUUCUGUUGUCGCUUCCAUUGCGAUUCUGAAUCAAUGUUUGAGAAACAAUUCCAUGUUGACAUGUUUAACAGGCAACGAACAACACCAAUUAUGGAAUAGGGCGGCUCGAAUCCACAUUGGGUUUUACUCCGAACAUGUGAAGCAGUGGCUUCGGGUGUUUCCUAGGAAACAAAUUCUAUUCCUACGAACAGAAGACUACUCGGCUGAUGUCAGCAGUCACAUGUCUCAAAUAUUCAACUUCCUUGGAUCACGUCCCUUAACGGCGACUGAAAUGAAGUCAUACGGAAUCAGUUUGGAAGCCAAAAAGCAUGUAACAGCAAGGAAGAAAGCAAAGGGGCCAAUGCUGCAGAAAACUAGAGAGUUGUUAACCGCACUGUACGAACCCUACAACAAGAAGUUGGCUGAAAUAUUACAUGAAGAUCGAUUCUUAUGGAGAGACUGACAACCUGACUCUUAUAAAAUACUCCAAGACCGCCUGUGAAAUAAGAGUCAUGAGUCGGCGUCACACGUCAGCAUGAUGGUAUUACGGUUUAGUGUACAGCUGAAAAGGCGAAACUGGUCAUAAUUUAAAAAACUGAAUUGUAAAGUCACCGUUUCCUCGUACAGGCCCCGGCACGUGUCAAGACUUACCGUGUGUAUACCGUAUCUGUCUUCCAGGCAGCGAUACCUCUGACUUCCAGGCCACGAAAUGUGUUAAAACUUGCCCUUUGUACACCACAUUUGCCGUCAAAGCCACGACACCUUAAAAACUUGCCAUCUGUUAACCAGACGACGGCACGUGUUACGACAUCCCCUUUAAACACCGUACCUGUCGACCAGAUCAGGACACGUGGUACGACAUCCCCUAUAUAGGCUUCACCUGUCGUCCAGGCCAGAACACGUGUUAAGACAGUACCUUUAUACGCCACACCUGUCGUCCAGAUCAGGACACGUGUUAAGACAUUCACGUAUACGCCACACCUGUCGUCCAGGCCAGAACACGUGUUAAGACAUUCCUUGUGUAAGCCUGGUUCAUGAUCAGAGGCUGAAGCUCGUUUGUUGCAAAAGGUUGACUUGCAAAGACAAUAAAAACAUAUUGUUAAAAGGUCCUUUAUUGAAUGAUUGAUAAACUCUUGCGAGUCCACAAUCAAUCAUUAUUCAAAAUGAAUAAUUUUUGAUGCUAUAGAAAAACACAAUGUAUUUACUUAACAUAUUGUGUAGCAACAAAGAUGGGGUAUACAUGAUGGCGUCAAGUCUGGCUCUAGAUUAAACAUUAAAGGGAGGGUUUUUCAAACACAAUGGGCAUCAUACACAAAUGUAUUUAUUUCCAUGAAACAAAUUAUAUUUGUGUAACGUGGAUCAUAUUCAGAGGCUGGAGCUCGUUUUUCGCAAAGGUUGACUCGCAAGGACAAUAAAAAAUAAUAUUGUUGUUAAAAGGUCAUUUAUUGAAUGACUGAUAAACUCUUGUGAGUCCACAAUACACCAUGUGAGUGGACAGAAAUUGAAAUUCUAAAGGAUAAAUGGGUGAUAUAUUGUGAGUUUGCCUAUUCUGUUAAGGUGUUUGCCAAUGGUUUUAGUGUGUUAAGUUGUCUUGAUGCUUUUUACAGAUAUAUGCUACAUGUGUGUGGAAAUUUAGCUUGAAAUCUAAUGUAACCUAUAAAAGUUUAACUUCUGGUUCGCAUUCGAUAUGUUAUUUCCUGUCUGCAAUGUGAAAGACACCAUCAAAGAGGCUACCGAGUUGGGAAUGUAUGGUUCUCCCAAAGAUCUUGGAAAGUGCUGGGAGUAUCCUUACCGGUCUGUAGUUUCCCUUUUCGAAUGUACUGCUCUUUUUGUGUAUGUGCCUGACAUGUGCUGUUUUUAGUGUAUCUAGGAAUGUUGAUGUGGUUAGAGAGAGAUUUACAAGUGUAGUGACUGGUUUGAUAAUGUAGGGUUGAGCUAGCCUUAAUAGUAUGGUGAUAUGUUGCCAUGACUUGUAUUUUAUUUACGGUUAAUUUUGUUGAUUUAUUUGUUUAUGAAGUUUUCAUCAACUAGUUUAAAUGUGAGUUGUCAUCUAUUGUGCGGCUAUCAGACCCUACAUUGCCCUAUAGACAAACUGAUACACAGAUGUAAAACUGUUUACUAUUCAAACAAAGAUUGUUCCAGCACUGGCAACCCAUGUAUGGCAUACUAAAUUGUAAAAUAAUACAUAUAAUACUUAAGGGGAACAGAUCAAUAAAGACAUCCUUUUACAUAAUGACAAAAGAAUUACCCUUUAGGUCAAAUAUUUACCUUAGAAGUAUGAAAAUCCAAUUAGUCACAUAAUGGCAAGUGUUUGUCCGUAUGUUAACAUUUUUCAACAUUAUGUAUGAUUGAUUCUUAAGGUUAAACGAUUGGUACAUAAUGGCAAAAACAUUUUAAUAGGAAGGGAAAUAAAUUAUGUUUUGGCAUUAUGUAUAAUUUAUCCCCUUAUGGUCAAACAAAUUUUGACAUGAUGUACAUUACGGCAAUUUUGUUUAUAAAGAUAAAUAUUUGUUUGCCAUUGGCAUUGUGUGGCCCGACCAUAUUUAUCUACACUGAAAAUAUCUUUCGCUUAAGGUUAAAUCAUUUGACGUUAAUUAAGGCAAAAGAGCACAUAAUGGGAAAAAAAAAAAAAAAAAAAAA